UGGUCGUCCCUCUCUCUUUGUCUGUGUUUGAUUUGGGGGAAGUGCUUCAUCGUCCCCAAAGCCUUUAAAAACACCCGGGGUCGACGGUUUCUUUAUGUGGGACAAACGGGACAGAGAGACAACAGAGUGUGGGCGGCCAUCGAGGGACAAUGCGUUCUCUCUCGUCGCUGUGGCUGUACGUGGCCCUGCCAGGUCUGGUCUGGGCCUCGCACGUCACUCUGUUGGUAGAAGGCGACAACGAUGCCUCCAGGAUCUGCAAACCCGCCCCCUACUGGGACAUAAAGGGACGUGCGCCCAUGACGGAGCUGCUGGGAAAUGUGGUUGUUGUGGCGCUGCUGAAGGCCAGCUGACAGUUCUGUCUCACUCAGGCCUCCAAAAUCGGAGGCCUGCGUGAUAAGCUGAACCGCAGUAACCUGACGGACGUGUCCUUCAUGAUCGUAAAUGAGCGCGAGGCCCUGUCCAGAGCCAUGUACUGGGAGCUGAAGAGAAGAGCGCCAUCUGGUGUUCCCGUGUAUCAGCAAACUCCUUUUCAAAAUGACGUAUGGGAGGCGCUGGAUGGCGAUAAAGACGACUUCCUGAUCUAUGACCGGUGUGGUCUCCUUACCUUUCACAUAGUGUUGCCUUUUAGUGUCCUGCAUUAUCCCUAUGUAGAGGCUGCAGUCAGAGCCACCUACUUAAAAAAUAUCUGCAAUUGCACUGCCAGUGUUAUGAAUGAGACAGCACAGUAUCACCUCAACCAGACAGUACACAAUAAUUCAACUGACUUAGGAGACCCAGAAGAACCUGAUAUUACACCCGGAACACACCAGAACCGCCACCAUCACCAUCAUCACCAUCAUCCUCAUCAUCAUCAUCAUCAUCAUCCUCCACCAACCAAUCACCGGAAUCAGCAUCAAAUCAAUUCUACAAGUCAGAAUUCCACUGUUCAUUCCCAUACUCACCAUCCCCACACUCAUCCUCCACAUAACCACCGUCACAACUAGGAUUCCACUUAAUUAACUCCUGUUUUUAGUUGCUCCUCUCUCCAUUGUUUUCACUGAUGAGGCUGUUUUUUUUUUUUUUUUUUUUUUUUAAUCAGUGACUCGACUGCAGUUUCUCUGCUGGCAUUUCCACCCCUCGCUGCUCUGUGUGGAUAAAAAGUCCGGUUCUGCCCUGUUGUCUCCCGUUAAUGAAGUCUGCGGUGGAAAACCUGCCUGCAGGAGGCUGCAGAUGGAUGCAUGUGGAGCAGGGUUGGACUUAAUGGUACUGGUACCCACACAGAGCCACAGGAUGGGGGGGGGCGGCUGUGGAGAAAACCUCAGUCUGGUCACUGAUAGAAACACGUUCCUCUUUUCAGUUUCAGCUGCUCUCAAUUGUUUUUCCUGAUUUUCUCUGAUAAUACAUCACUGUAAUAGUACUAACCCACUGUAUUCAAUAUGUAAAAUAAAUCACACAGUCAGAUGUCACUUACAGUCAUUUAUUUUUGUUUUGUGUUGAGAAAUAAACGAAGAGUGAAUCAAA